AUGAAAAUAAAGAAUAGAGUUAUCAGCUAUCCACAAUAUUCACUUUUAAUUCAGAAUAAAGGGAACAGCCCUCUCACUGUUACUAUUUCUGCUCCGGAUUUUGUUCAACUGGAGACAACAGAAAUUCAACUCCAAGCAGAACAAGAUGAAAAGGUGAAGGUCUCUAUCACAAGUGGCGGAAGUGACCACUCAAUAGUUCUAAGGGCAGGAAAGGGUCAUUGCAACCUGGAUAUAACGCAUUUGAUUGCUGCCAAUUUUGGCAAGGGGUUGGAUAACUCUCAUAAGCCUACUUACUUAAACUUCUUGUCACGAACCCCUACCAUUGUUGUCUUGGCCAUUGCUACACUGCUAAUACUGGCAGUAGGUUGGAUGUGCAUCAGCUUCCGGAAGAAGCAACUCUUCAGCAGAGGCUCUAAGUAUGAAAGGCUAGACAUGAAUCUGCCAGCUUCUAGUGGGGGAAAAGCAGACUCUGAAGUUAAAAAUGGAUGGGAUAACAGUUGGGGUGAUGAUUGGGAUGACGAAAAGGCACCUAAGACACCAUCACUAUCCGUUACCACAAGCCUGUCAUCGAAAGGCAUUGCCUCACGACAAUUGAGCAAGGAGGGAUGGAAAGAUUAG